CUGUCGCUCUUGUCUCUGCGUCCACUUUGUCAGGGUCGAUAGUGAUUGAUACACUAAGUGCUGGUUUACUCCAAGAAACAAUCAGAAUGGAAUCUCUCACGGCUCAAACCACUCCUAAAGCUGAUCGUGCCUCCAACACGAAAGAUGGCGCUCAACCCAACUCAUCAGACCAGCCUGAAACUCCUUCAACAACAUCGCUGUCUCCGCCUCACCGCUCCUCCAUUCCAGACUGGCACGGGGACCCCCGCGCCUUCAAAUGUGUUUUGUGUCAGAAUUGGCAUACGGCCCGGUGUCCUUGGCUCCGAAAUUAUUAGCUUGGCUUAUGGAUAAUACGUUUGCUUUCCUUUCUGAAGGAGUCGUGGGUAUGUGGGAAUCUUUGGUAGAUUGGUGUGGCUUUCGAGUAAUCAGCAGCUUAAUGAUAAGAAUUUGGACCUAGUAAGGAGA